CACUCUCUCUCUCUCUCUCUCUCUCUGUCUCUGUCUCUCUCACUCUCUCACUCUCUCUCUCACUCUCGCACUCUCUCACACUCUCUUAGGUUGCAGUAGAAGUCGUGACUGCUCACCAUCGUUGAGUAGAGCAGGGGCUAACACCCCCCAAAGCAGGCACUGAGAUUAUGCAAUACCACACACACACUCACACACACACACACACACACACACAGAGCCAUACAGUGUAUGUUCUAUUUUUAGAGCGCUGGCCCAAGUUUCCAUUUUAAUGUGAGAUGUCUGCAUUGUUCUUAAAAAUAAAUCUUCGAGGCAGAUGGAGAAUUGUUUUUUAAAUUAUAAAUAACAGGUGCUUUAGUGCUGUUAAGCCUUUAAAGCCCAUACAUUUCAAUGUUUCUCUCUGUUGGUCUCUCAACUGUCAACCCUGCCACUCCUUCAACAAAAUCUAUCCACAUCUCCCUCUGAGAGAACUGCAUUACUGUCGUCCUUUUUUUUUCCCCCCACAAGCAGAUUCCUCAGCGUUCAGCGCUCCUCCGCCCUGUUGAGGGUGGCUGUUGUGGCUGAAGGUGCAGGCUUACAGAGGCUGUGAGGUGGUUUGACUUUUGGCAGCAGUUGAGAGGCUGCUGACGUGUGUGUCGGGCAGGAUGUGUGUAAGAAGCAGUGCUGGAUCCUGUUUUUCAGACCACAGCAACUGGAGCCUAGCCACAGCUAUGGCUUUUAAUGCAAAACACACACACACACACACACACACACACACACACACACACAUUCUUAGUUUGCUAACCUCAACCUCGACUCAUAACUUCCGUGUGACAUGACUUGAACACAUACCCCCCCCCCCCCCCCCCAUUUGGUACGCACACUUAAACAUACAGACACACAUGCAGAAUGACUUUAGUUAAUCUUGUUUUCUUUAUAGAUGUUGAAAUGAUUUCAACUCUCUUAAAGAUAAACAAAGAUAAAUUCACUUCAAUAAUAUUGUACAGUAUAUUUACUAUUUUUGACUCCUGUUUGGCCCAUACAAAGGUUUAUUGUCUCCAUAUGCUCCUGAAUAGAGAAAAAGAGGAAUGCAUUACAUUGCAGUAAAGCCAAUGACAUCCUGUAUAACAAGUCUGUUGAAUCAAACAUGCCUGGAGAGGCCCCCCUGCAUGCGUUCAUAGCGACACACACUCAUGGUCUUUAUGCCACAUUUACACCAAACAUGCAGAGGAAAAUAAGACGGCAUUUUUUUUUUUCUUACUGUGCGGUUUGAAUUUACAUGGUUCCCUGGCGUGCAUGCAGACACUAGAGACAGACGGAGGGUGCACUCAGUGAGCGGAAAAACAAAAACACAAACUGGCAAGGCAAGGGCAGUGUUGUUAUGACAAAUUAGAGCUAUAAAGACAAGCAUGCUAAAGAAAAGUGGAGAGGAAGACGGAUUUGAGUUGAAGAAAUGAGAGGAAUUACUUCUGUCAACAUUUUGCGUGUAUUCUUUCAUACAGGAGAGGCAUUCUGUCUGAUUUUGUGCACUCCUGUGUGUAUGCAAAUUGUACAUGUGCAGACGUGUUCCUUUCUGAAUGAGGAGCAGCAGCGUGUUGUAAGAGGAUCAAUAGGUUUUAGCUGACUGGAUACUGCAGGAGCAGGCACACCUCUUACACAGGGUCAGGACAUCCCACUGACUGGAGCAAGGAGGGAGGGGGUGAGAGGGGAGGGAGGGAGGGACGAGGGAAGGAGACAUACGAAAGCGAGACAGAGAGGAGGGAAGACACCGACGAGGGCUACACUGUUUUUUUUUUUUCCCCUCUCUCCCCGUUUCCUCACUUCCCUCUCUGGGAGGUUGUGAAAGGGCAGAACAGAGAGAGGGAGACGCAGAGUAGGAGAGACAAAAGGGGGCAGAGCUGAGUGGAUGAAAGCCAACGUGAGUGUGUGACUGACUCUGUGUGUAACAUGCUCUGUCAUGCUGCUGUGACUACCGCUGCCUCUCCAACCGGCGUCGUCUUCUGUCAGCAAAAAGGAAUGUUUUCCGGAGGAAUGAGUCCCUGAACCGGUUCACCAUGUGGUUGUGGGACAGUAAUUUCCAAACCUUCGCAGGAAGAAUCCCACGGAAAAAAGAGCAGCGGCCAGAGAACUUAGCUGGUCCUGCCGGGUGGCCACCCGUUAGCCUGCACUGCUGAGACUUUUUUUUUCUGACAGACAAGAGUUCACACUGGGAUUAAAUCUGCUUCCAGUUCAUGUUGUUUUAUUGUCAAGUUUAUUGGAAUUUUUUCCUUCUCUCCAGGAACUCAGUGGAUUUUAUGGUGCUGUGUAGUUUGAUUUUUCAGAAUGCUUUGUUGGAUGUAAGCCAGGGCUUUUUGCAGUGAUUCACUGAGACCAAACCAGUGGAAGGUUGGAAUUCAGAAGACUGGUCUGAAUGGGAGCAUCACAGCAGAGGACUACAGAAUGGGACACAAUAUAUUGUGCUGGGGCCUGCAGAAACUGCGGGGCAGAGUCUCUACGUAGAUAGCUAUUUAGAUAAAGGGGCUCCAGGGGUGGAAGGUUAACAGGAAGGGGCAUCAGUCCUGCGAGGCUUCGGUAUGAAACCUGGAAGAUGUCCGGGUGUUCCCAGUGACAGAGCCAUGAUGCAAAUAAGCCAUUUUCCUUUUAGAAGACACUCCUGGAUAUGUUUCGAUGUGGACAAUGGCACAUCGUCAGGUCGCAGCCCCCUGGACCCGAUGGCCAGCCCGGGCUCAGGCCUCAUCCUGCAGGCCAACUUUGUCCACAGCCAACGGCGAGAGUCAUUCCUCUACCGCUCGGACAGUGACUACGACCUCUCGCCGAAGUCUAUGUCCAGAAACUCCUCCAUUGCCAGUGACAUUCAUGGUGACGAUAUGAUUGUAACGCCAUUUGCACAGGUUCUCGCCAGCUUGAGAACAGUACGAAACAACUUCGGUGCAUUAACUAAUUUACAGCAAGACCGAGCGUCCAACAAGAGAUCACCCAUGUGUAACCAACCCCCCAUCACCAAGACCACCUUUACAGAGGAGGCAUACCAGAAACUGGCCACUGAGACCCUGGAGGAGCUCGACUGGUGUUUGGACCAGCUGGAGACGCUGCAGACGAGACACUCGGUCAGCGAGAUGGCCUCCAACAAGUUCAAGAGGAUGUUGAACCGGGAGCUGACUCACCUAUCAGAGAUGAGCCGCUCGGGGAACCAGGUGUCUGAGUUCAUCUCCAGCACAUUCCUAGACAAGCAGCAUGAAGUGGAGAUGCCGUCCCCACAGACGCAGAAGGAGAAGGGGGAGAAGAAGAACAAGCCCAUGUCUCAGAUCAGCGGGGUGAAAAAGCUGCAACACUCCUCCAGCCUCACAAACUCCAACAUCCCUCGCUUCGGAGUCAAGACGGAGACUGAGGAUGAACUCGCUAAGGAGCUGGAGCAUGUGAAUAAAUGGGGCCUUAAUGUUUUUAAAAUCUCAGAGUUUUCUGGGAAUCGGCCACUAACAGUCAUGAUGUACACGAUAUUCCAGGAGAGAGACUUGUUAAAAACAUUUAAGAUUCCACUCGACACCUUUAUAACAUACCUGAUGACCUUAGAAGACCAUUAUCACGGAGAUGUGGCCUACCAUAACAACAUUCAUGCUGCUGACGUCACCCAGUCAACUCACGUGCUGCUAUCCACCCCCGCCCUGGAGGCUGUGUUCACAGACCUCGAGAUCCUAGCUGCCAUCUUUGCCAGUGCAAUUCACGACGUGGACCAUCCUGGAGUCUCCAACCAGUUCCUCAUCAACACCAAUUCAGAGCUAGCGCUGAUGUACAAUGACUCGUCGGUGCUGGAAAACCAUCAUCUAGCAGUCGGAUUCAAGCUCCUACAAGAAGAGAACUGUGACAUCUUCCAAAACCUGACCAAAAAACAAAGACAAUCACUGCGAAAGAUGGUUAUUGACAUCGUACUAGCAACAGACAUGUCCAAGCACAUGAAUCUCCUGGCUGAUCUGAAAACGAUGGUGGAAACCAAGAAGGUGACCAGCUCUGGGGUCUUGCUGUUGGACAACUACUCCGACAGAAUACAGGUCCUCCAGAACAUGGUGCAUUGUGCAGACUUGAGCAACCCCACCAAGCCUCUCCAGCUGUACCGGCAGUGGACGGAUCGCAUCAUGGAGGAGUUCUUCAGCCAGGGCGACCGAGAGAGGGAGCGAGGCAUGGAGAUCAGCCCGAUGUGUGAUAAACACAACGCCUCAGUAGAGAAGAGCCAGGUCGGUUUCAUAGACUAUAUCGUUCACCCUCUGUGGGAGACGUGGGCUGACCUGGUCCACCCAGACGCCCAGGACAUCCUGGACACGCUGGAGGACAACAGGGAGUGGUACCAAAGCACCAUCCCCCAAAGCCCCUCUCCUACCCUGGACGAGCCUGAAGACGGCACUCGACCCCCAGGAGGGGACAAGUUCCAGUUUGAGCUCACCCUGGAGGAGGACGGGGAGUCAGACACUGAGAAAGACAGCGGUAGCCAGCCUGAGGAGGAAGAGGAUGAGGAGGAGGAGGAGGAGGAGGAGGAAAACAGCUGUACUGACACUAAAACACUCUGUACGCAGGACUCUGAAUCCACUGAGAUUCCUUUGGAUGAACAGGUGGGGGAGGAUGUCGAGGAUGAGGAGGAGGAGGAGGAGGUGGUACCUGAGGAGGGGGAGACCCCCUGCUCGCAAACAUGUGUGGUGGAGGAGGAGGUACCGGAGGAGGAGGAGGAGGAGGAGGAAGAGAAAGAAAAUAACCCCCACACAUAGCAGUGUCUGGACAGCACCUGAUGAACUUUUCUUCUUAGUAAUGACAGAUUAUUUAUAGAAUAUUUUUGGGGUUUUGUGGAGUUUGUGUUUUUUUAUACAUCUAUGUUUAUGGUUCCAAAGCGUGCGCUGCUCUCCACCGUGACCACUCCUCCUGUCAGCUUUCAGACACGCCCAGCGGUACUUUCUUCAAGUUUUUUUGCACUCAGGAAACCUCCUUUCCAUUCCCGUUUGUACUGAAGUGGUGUGUCUUUAUUUCACUUUUACACCUCUCCGUUAUAAGCUUAUGUUUAUAGACAUGGACGAGCAGCUCCCAGCCUGCUCAGUGCCGUUCAUACCACACAUGAAAUCAAUUCUACCCUCCCUCCGCUUCGUCUCAGCCUUGCCUGAAAGUUUAGCAGUGUUUCUGUCUUUUUAUCAAGUGCCCAUACUCUACCCCAGAGACGGUUAAUCGGUGUGUUCAAGGAGAAUCCCCCUCUUGCUUAGGUCAUCUCCUCACCACUGCGAAUUCGGAGGCAUUUAAAGCUGCCGUUCUGCCGGGAAAAAAAAACCUGACGGGACGGAGCAGAGAUGAAAGCUGCAGCACACCCGGGGGGCUUUUCGAGACACAUUUCUGGUGUGGAAGUCUUCCUUGAAAAACCUGACUGAUACAAAGCUCAAAUCUACACAGCUGUGACGCUGUCCUAGACCUCUUUAAUUUUUGUAUUGUACUGUAUGUAAGAUUCAGAUAUUUUCUAGACUUUACUUUUGCUAAUCCUAGGCUUUGUUUUGUUAGCGAAGAAGACGAGAGAACUUUUGGGGAACCAAGGGGGCGAAAUGAAACGUGUCUCCGAUAUUCAGUGUUGUGAAGGAGUAUCUUCACGGCUGGAUGACAUUCGGAGUGUCCUGAGGUGUUUGCACUUGCACCAAUAGCAUUUAAACUACAAUACCCAUGCCACUACGCUCAUAUUUGGUUCAUCCUGUGAGUUUAAAAUUUGGACUUUAUUCAUGAUAGCUAUUAUUUUUUGUGAAAGUUUUCACUGAUAAGGAAGCAGGAACCUGAAGUCUUAUGCUUUACUCUAAAAGAAAUAGUGAUGUGGAUGAAGCCUUUUGAAUUUUAUUCUGAUCAUUAUUAUUAUUAUUAUUAUUAUUGUUGCCUGCAGUUCUUUUGAACACAUCCUGAGACAAUGCAAAGCUUUGUAGUUGAUACAAAAAGCACCUUUUUUUAGAAGCUUGAUCAUUGCUCUGAGUAAACAGAAUUAGGAACAGUGAGGAAAAACUACGGGGGGGGGGGGGGGGGGGGUGAAUUGAUACCAAUGUUAUAAAAAGCUUUUUAUUGAUCUUUCUUUUAUACUUUGUGCCCAUGUGUUGGACUCUCACAUAAGCAGCAGCUACAUUCAUGCUUGUUUUUAGCCACUUCAUGUUCUUUGUGACAUUUUUACAUCCCAACAUGGAACACAGCAGCUGUUUUGUUUUUUGACAAGACAAUCAGCUCCGUCACGUCGUCAUCAGAGAACAUUAUCCUCUAGUUAGUAGUUCCUCUAAUGCACUGAUAUAUUCUUAUAUCACCACUUUUCAUAUAUUUUUUAUGUUUAAACUCGCCAAAAACACUCCUUCAAGAGCUUCUGAAGCGUCUCCUUCUUUCUCAGUGUUUCCUCACGACUCACUUGACACCUGAUGCUAUUAUUUAUUGCUAUAUUUUUCUAUUCGUUGACUCUGUUUUUUUUUUGCAAUAUAUAAAGGUGGUACAGUAAAUAUUUUCACUGUAGCAUAAACCUCAGAACAGGCUCGCCAGUUACAAUACCCAAAUAUCCCUUUUCCUCCCUCUCUGUGUACAUACAACAAACACAUACAAAAACAACAUGUAAGAAAAAAAAACAAGAAAAAAACUUGAAAUACUGCACACUGCUUUUUUUACGAGUGCUUGUUUGAAUAACGUGUCAUUUCAGACCUUUUUAUUUAAUCUUUCAUUUUUGUGCCAAGAUUUUUAUUUUUCUCUCUUGUCGUUUUCAUCCUCACCCAAUGCCCUUACCUGUAAUAAAAGAUUCUGGUUUUAUCGCUGUUUACAAACAUAUAUUUAUUGUGCUGUAUAUAAUAUAUAAUUAUUAAUGUUAUUACUAUCAUAAUGCCGUUUGUUGUAAAUGGUUGAUUCUUAUCAUCCCUUUUGGUGAUGGUGUGGCUGUAUUACGUACCUCUUGUUGAGAGAAUGUUUCUUACACAUGAGCUUCGGUGUAAAAAUGAUCCAUCGACACGUUUGCUUACCUGAGAACUAGCUCAGUGAAGAGAGAGGGGGAAAGCCAAAUUGUUUUUUAAAAAGAAACUGUUCCUUGGCCCAUGGGCUGUGCCUUAAAUUCAACGCAUGUCAUUUACGUUUAGCCUUUUUUUUUUUUCUAUUUUGAUUUUCUAGUUCUCUUUUGCUGCAUUAGUGAAUCUUUCUGUGGCUCGGCUCGGCCUGAUCUCAUGUUGUGAAUUUGAACAUGUUGCCUUUUUACUAUCACAGCCAAACACAAAUUGCUCUAUUGAUGGCACUGUAAUUGAUGUCGUCGCAGGGAUUCAGGCCAGCCACGAGUCAGAGAUUUACUACUUGAGUGAUGUGUGGCCUAUAGCCGGAUGUCCAAGAGUCCAAAUUGCUGUAGACCUGGCGUGCACAACGUCCACAUUCCUUACGCCCUGGAUAUACACUCAAAGAUGUGACACGGCCCGUCGGAUUUAAAAGAUGCUGGAGAAACUUUGCCGCCUGUGCAUGUGUUCCUGCGGUGUGUUCUGCAUCCGCGAGGUCCGAUCGCGUCUCCAAACACUGAACAGGAUGCCACAGGAGUGUGUAGUUGCUGCUCGACCUCGGUCUACGACGCACAGAGGCUUUGAGACACAUCUGCAUGUUCAGCCACUGCUGCAUUAAUUAUGGCUGAAACACUGACAGUGUGUUGCUUAUCUAUGCUCGGCCCACACUUCCACUCACAUUACUUGCAAUAUCCAAAACCACUGACAUUUUUCUGCCUGGAGAGGAUGAGGGUUUAGUAUAUUCCUUUAGUGAAGGGGGGGGAGGGAGGGAGGGGGUGGGUUGGCUAGGGGUUUGGGUGAGUGCAUCAUUGUCCCCCAAACAGGGACUCUUGUUUUGACACACAUACUGUAGAUUCUAAACAGCCCUGGACCAAUGGAAACAGUGGGUUCUUUUCUCAUUCUGUGUUCUAUUUUUAUGGUAUGAAAGGAAAAACACAAACUGUAACUUUAAAAAAAGGUCUUCAGGACAAUUAUUUUUUGGGUUAUGUCUUUAGAAUGCCAACUUGUCUGGAAGUUUCACAAGACAAUUAAAAUGUUAUUUUAAUGGAUUCCUUGUUAAUUGCAGUCUAUUGGAUAGCACUGUAGAUCAUACAACUUUGUGUAGAAAAAUGAAAAAAAAAAAUGAUGAAAAAAACGUUUUUAUAUGCAAUGGAUUAAAUAAAAGCAUGGGUUGAUUCUGCCUA